AAACAUGUAGAGCUCACGGUGAGCCGACAGCACCGCCCCGCUCCUGGAGAACACUUUUCGGACCCUGGAUGUUUUUGGCAGGCUUGCAGGUACGAUCUUAUAUCCUUUAGAGUGCAGAUGACAUUACAGUGCAUUGAUCUGAUCGUGUGGUUGGGAAAUAAUAGCAGGACACAGCUGAGGUCAGUGUCAGAAGUCUGCCACUGUUGUUGAGGAACGUUCAAAAACGUAAGUACAAAUCUACCUGCAGCAACUUGGAUUAAUAAUUUGACGUGGAAAGUUGAUAGCACUGUCGCCUCACAGCAAGACGGUCCUGGGUUCAACCUUCUUGCUGUGACAGAUCUCAGACAGAUCUCAUCCUAUUUUUAUUUAAUUUUAUUUCUUAUAUUAUUCUACCAAAGACUUAAAAGACAUAAAAGUAAUGAACUGGUGCAGGGUUAGGGUUAGCUCGGGCCCUCAUCUAAAAGCUCGGGCCCAGGUAACCUGACUGCACAUCUUUGGACUGUGGGUGGAAACCGGAGCACCUGGAGGAAACCCACGCGGACACGGGGAGAACAUGCAAACUCCACACAGAAAGAACUCAGACCACCCCACCUGGGGAUCAAACCCAGGACCUUCUUGCUGUGAGGCGACAGUGCUACCCACCGAGGCAUUUAGCAGAUGCUUUUAUCCAAAGCGACUUACACAGUACACAGUACUGUGACUCUACGUAUAUUGUCUAAGCAAUUGAGGGUUAAGGGUCUUGCUCAAGGGUCCAAUAGCCACAACCAGGCAGUGGUGGGGCUUGAAACAGCAACCUUUCGAUUACUAGUCCAUUACCCCCCCCCCCCCCCCAUGUCUACAUGUAGAUGCCUGACUGGCUGAUAGCACAGCUGAAGAUUUGAACCCUGAACCCUUUGUUUCCAUUCAAGUUCACCUCACCUGCAUGUUUUUGGACUGGAUGGAAACCGGAGCAAUUCAACCACAAAGACUCUCUUGCUUUCUCCUCUUGCUUUGUUUGCUAAAAUAAAGUCUAUGGAUAUUAAAUACUUGUUUUAAAUUAUGUACAUUAAAGGGCUUGUUUAAUACAAUACGAUUUUUUCCCUGUCCUGCAGGUAGCUGAAAGAUAAGAUGGAAUUGAAACUGUGGAGUUCCUGCCUCGUCCUUCUUUUACAAGCCUUCGUUUUGCCGAGCUGCCGCGGUGUGUCGGUGCGUUUCUCUAACCAGAACACCGUCUACGUGGUGAAAGGACAGAAUUUGUUCCUGGAGGCUGACAUCCAGUUGGUGGCAGGAGACUCCAUCACCAAGGUCACAUGGGAGCGCCAGCCAGAGGGCGAGAAGGAUUCUGGGAAAAGCAGAACAACGGUGGCCGAGUAUCCUGCUAAAACCCCGGGACAGCGAGCGACCGUGGAGAAGAACGGAUGCUUGUUAAAGCUGGUGAACUAUCAGAGCGCCGACAGCGGCGUGUAUACGAUAACAGUCACGGACCAGAGAGGAGGUCAAAGUUCAGCACGCCGCACCGUCCAUGAAUACGAGGCCGUGCACCAUGUGUCCGUCAUGGUGAACGUGUCUCACGACAUCCUGCACUGUACCGAGGCGUGGGGGACCGAGCCCGUCUUCAGGUGGCUGCACGAGCAGGAGGUGGUCACGGAGGACGUGGGACGGGUAUCGGCGGACGGUGCCUCUCUGUACCUGAAAUCGAAACUGUGCGGACACUUCACCUGUGUGGUGAGCAACAAGCUGGGCCACAGCUCAGAUACCUACACUGCCGAUCCAUGUAAAAGACAGAACAACGGUACGACUGUAAUUGUUGUGUGUCUCGUGCUACUGCUGCUGCUGGCUGGAGGUUUAGCCUUUCUGUUCUGGAGGAGGAGAAGUUUCAGUAACAGGAGACAGAGAUUUUGGAAUUCACACGAGGACGCCGUUUAACCUCGGGACUAAAACCCCAGACUGGACGACACAGUGAAGCUUGAACCAAACAUGGACCUAAAGCACCUUUUAUUAUUCAAAGAGAACUAUGCAAACAGGUGAUCACUGGCCAGGUGACAAAAUAAAGUACAAACUGCACUAAAAGUGUCCUGUUAAGAUGCUGGACCAUCACGAGUCACAUGAAGGCUUUGAUUCAUCAAGUCUGUUGAAUUGUUCUUUAGAGAUUUAAUUCUAUUUUUCUAAAAGAUCUUCCUUCAGCUGGUGGGUUCAUGAAGGCCAUGCUGGAGAACUUUGUCACAUCAGUUAGUGCACUGCAUAUGGAGCUGAUAUCAUCCCGGAAGAGACCACUCCCAGUAUGAAGGAUACAGAUGCUCCAUCCGCACUAGAUAAUCCUUAUUUGUGCUUUGUACAGUACAAUGAAGUUCAUUUUUCUACAGAGCACAGGGUCAGACUCAAGGGCUCAACAGUGGCUGCAUGGCAGAGCCAGGAUUCAAACCCACAACCUUCCAGUUGGUAACCCACAGCUCCACCCACUAGGCUACCUGGUGCCUGGUGUCCCAAAGCGUAUCAUAUUGAUUAGGUGAUUAGUAAGGAUCAGUCCGACUACUUAAGAUCGAUUUGCAUUAAUGCUUCUUACUGUAUGUAGGGGUCAUGGAUUCUGGCCUGUUCUGUCCUCUUGGUGUACGCCACAUGUCAUAAUACAUAAUUCCUCAUACAUCAUUUUCACCAUACAUCUAUUCCUUGCACCAUGUUGAUCCAGAACUGAUGUUCCAGUGACAGAGCGUUCUAGGAUGUUGUAUAAUCCAGUACUGCCUGUUCAGAAGCUUCAGCACCAGUUAUGUCCCUCUACUGGUUUAUUUCAGCGUCUCUGCACCCGUCACUACAGUAGGAUAUUUUGAAAGCACCCUGAAGAAGGAAGGAAGCUGAUGGUUCUGCAACUGCUUGAAGCUUUCAUAAGACUCGUGCACUGGUUCAUUAAUCAGGUGGAUUUUAUUUUGCCAGUUUGUGCUGGGUGUGUUUGCUUUCCAUUUUAAGAACGUUGUAAUUGGGUGUGUUCGAAAACCUAGGGAGCUGCCUUGCUGUUUUACUGCCUACACAGACAGCUGCCUCAGUAGAAAGGAUUCUAAUAAGUCACUUAUAAGGCAGGUUAUUUGAAUGCGCUGCUGGAAUGGGGUGGCACAGCGUGCUAGCAUGUCACCUAACAUCUCCCUUCGUGUACCAAAAACGGUUACAUUUGCUGACAAGCCCGAACUUGCAAAUAAAAACACUUGUGCAAGUUUAAAUCAAGUUAAAAAUCAAUAACAAUUUAUUUACGUUUAAAAAUAACUCGGUUCGUUUCCCCGCAAUGUCAGCCAUGUUUUUUUAUUUUUCUGUGAGAGAAGAGCUGCCGCACUGAAUGCUGGGAUUGCCUUGAUCACUAAGGAUGCUUCCGAUGCUCACUCGUUCUUGAGUCAAAAUAACAUUGAAAUUCUAAGAUGCCUCACUAGUGAGCAUAUUAAGGCAUCAAGGAUUUCGAACAGCCUCAUUCUUGGGAGCGCACGUAGGAUGACGUAAAAUGCUUCUAUGUAUGAGAGAGAGCUAGCUUUUUGAACACACCCUAUAUCUUGUGUGUCUCUUUGUUGUCUUAAAACAGGAAAUAAAUAUGAUUUUAUGUGUAUAUUAUUGGAAUAAAACAAAAUACUG